GAUGCCACUAAUCUGAUUAAGAUCUCCAUUAAAACGAAGCUUUUCUUGGUACCAUCUGCAAAUCCAGAAGUAGACUUCAUCGAACCUGGAGAUCACAACAAUGGCGGCCUCCAGUUGGAAUUCCCUGCUAAUCAUCAUCAUCUUCUUCUUCUUCUUCUUGAUGGCAUCUUGUUCUGCAGACACCAACAGUUUCCAGGGCUGCGUCUGCGGGACGUCGCCGAUGAAUGCAAGAUCCCGGUGGGCAGCUAAUUUGAACGCCGUCUUUAACUCCCUGGCAGCCAAUGUCAGCGCCGGCGGCUAUUACAGAGCGGAGGCGGGGAGAGGCUCCGACAGAGCAUUCGGCCUGAUACAGUGCCGAGGCGACGUGUCCCCGACGGACUGCGUCGAGUGCACGCGCCACUCCUUCGCCCUCGCCGCCAAAUUCUGCGGCGGAAGUAAGACCGCCGUCGUCUGGCAGCGGUGGUGCUUGCUGCGGUAUUCCAACGCCACAUUCUACGGCCAGUGGGAGGGGUCAGGCGCCGCGAUCCUGCCGGUUAACUCGACGGGUUUGGGCGAUCCGGCGGCGGCGGAUGCGGGGAUGAACAUGGUGUUCCAACUUGCCGGCGACGCGCCGAAUGCGAAGUCGAUGUUUGCGAGGUCGCCGGACGUCGGCCGUAGCUGGAAGGGGUACGGCCUGGCGCAGUGCACCCGGGACUUGGCGAGGUCGGAUUGCGGAGACUGUUUGAAUCACUUUUUGAAGACUUUUCAAUCGGAGGUCCGGAACAAGACAUCGUGGGAGAUCUACGGCCAGGGUUGCUUCAUCCAGUUCGAUGAUCAUCAAUUCUACUUCAACUCUUCCAUUAGUUUGGGAAGGCCCAAUAGCGCCAAUGCAGCAAACACAGCUUGGGGUGGCUUGUUCACCAUUUUGAGUGGUACCAUGGUGAUGGUGAUAGUGACAUUUUUUUAAAUUAAUUGACUGGUUACUCAAUUAAUUCCCCUAUCUUCAUGCCUAAAAAAUGAUAUUCCAACCCUCCUUAUCCAUAAAAACAACUCCAAUUUUAAUGCUUUUUUAGUUGGACCAAGUCUUGUCAAUUUAAAUCUUCUUUCCUUCUCUAUUUAGAACAUUCGGAUUGAAAAUUGGUUCAAUAUUUCACCCGGAAUAGAAAUCAUUUGAAUUUUCUAUAUAUAUAUUCUCAACAAUUUCCUAAGAGAGCAAUGAAAUCAACUCUAAAAUAUCUCACCAUCACUUUUUCUAUCAACCUGUUUUCUUGGGUAAGUGGUGGGGUGGAAACGUAAUUAGCAUUAAUGUUGGGGCUUGAAUGGAAUUUCAACAUAAUUUCUUUUUAGUUCACAAUAGCAUUUUUAUGAAACUUGGGUCUGAAAUGUAAAUAAUGCAUAACCAGUGCAUGCAAUGCAAUUUACGAUCAAUGCGUAUAGGAAAAUCUUGUGAAAUCAAAUUUGAGAAAAAUGACAGUAGAAAAUUUAAAAGUACAAAAACGUACAAGCGUCGCAAUCUUUAAGAAAAUUGUAAUGUGACUCAUAAUUUUGUAUUUGAAUUACAGUAUAUAAAAGAAUAUUAAAUAAAUUGACUAGUCACGUAAUUAAAUCAAAUUCGAUUUCUUAAUUGGAGUAAAGAGCAAAUCAAAUUAAGUUGACUUCAAUGCAUGUUGCACAAUUGGGUUCAAAAAUUUUAAAAUAAAUAAAAGGUCAACCAUUUGACUUGCAUUUUUUUUUCAUUUAGAAGUAAUGAUAAUUAAUGAAAAUAAAUAUUACGAAUUAUAUCCAAAUACGCAAUAAUAAUAAUAAUAAUAAUAAUAAUUAAACAAUUAAAGAGGCGUGAUAAAAUUAAAUAUGCGCCAAUCCGGUAGUGACACGUAACACCCACUUUGAAGGUAAUAUAUAUAAUGUUUUUUUAUGUAUGUAUUUGAGUCGCCUGUUGCAUUUCAUAGCGCACGAGGAGAGAAGAGAAGGAUCGUUUCUUCUUCCAAAUCCUAACUUUUUUCUCUCCGUCAUCAUAUCGAAAAUCCUGUUUCGUCUCCGAUGAAUCUGCACUGAAAAUUGGGAGGAGAGAGGAGCGCCUGCAGUUGAAUUACGUUGAAUCAACGGAGCUCUGCUUUUGGUAUUGAGAUAGCGCAACGUGGAAAUCUAUUUGUUGAUUAGGAGCACAACCUUGCGAGCAAAUCACUCCAAAUCAGUCGUUAUCUAUUCUCUCUGUACGUACUUCAAAAUCCUGGCCGUGGCGGUGAAGAAAACGACUGAAAAUCCA